AUGGACUCUUGUGGCUUCAGUAUGAGUCCGUCUCCAUGCAAGCUGCCCCAGCUCUGUGUCCCAGCAGCUAUCCAUCACCCCUUAGUGCAACAGAGCACCAUGCUGGAUGCUGCCUGGGCCACGGCUGUCCGCGACCUGGCCUCUGACCGGGCGACUGGCUACGAUGCACUGAAGGUGGAGAUCCUCAGCAGAAGUGGGCUCACCAAGUUUGGCAUGGCCCAGCGUUUCCCCAGCUGGACCUUUCAACCAGACCAGCCUCCUUGUGCACAGAUGCACGAACUUGUCCGGAUCACGCGGAAAUGGCUGGAACCGGAGAAGAGUAAGGCAGCUGCAAUAGUGGAGGCCGUUGUGGUGGACAAGUACUUACGGGCCCUGCCUUAUGAGGCGAAACGGCUCAUUAGUCAACAGGCCUUGAUGACAGCGGACCUAACCGUGGAAGCUGUGGAAAGGUACCAGGCCACAGCAGAGAUGCUUCGGGCUUCCAGAAAGGAGCCCCAGAGUACGUCCCCGCCACAGACAGGAGGAGCCAGUCCAAAGAACCCCAAGGGGUCCAACCCAGCCACUUCAGGAGCUGUCCAGGCUCCAGGGGGAGCCAGAAACCAGCCGGCACCAGGAAGAGGACACCGGGAGAGUGAAACCCGACAGUGUUACCGGUGUGGGGAGAUGGGACACAUCUCCUGGCAGUGUGGGAAACCAGCGGAUGAGCCUAUGCCCACUGCUGAGUCUUCCAGCUCACUACCUGCCCACCUUUUUGCUUCGCUCGUGGGAGUCGUAGAUGGCGCCCAAGAACGACCCCCCACCUGCCCGGUGACUGUGAAUCACCAUGAUGUGGAAGCUCUGCUAGAUUCCGGUAGCCGGGUCACCCUGGUGCAUAAGGAUCUGGUGGAUUCAUCGUGUCUGACCCCAUGGAAAGUCCUCCCGGUUUCCUGUGUCCAUGGAGACACCAGAGACUACCCCACCACUGAACUCGCAAUGACCACCACCAGGGGAACCAUCCACGACGGCCGGUGUGGUUGAUUCCCUACCCGUUCCUGUCCUAAUUGGACGAGACUGCCCAGCCUUUCACCCACUGUGGAGGGAGACUCAGGAGAGGCUGACCCGAGUACCUCGGAAGCGGAGAGGGAUGGCAGGUGCCCAGGCUGAUUCAGAGACUGGUCCAGACACGGAGGAAGAGAACAUGGUCCCAGG